AUGGAGCCGGCCCCGGAGCCAGCUCGGGAGCCCGCCCGGGAGCCCCCGGCGCCCCGGGACCCAGGCCGCGAGCCCCCCGCGCGCGCCCGGCCGCCGCCCCCAGCCGCGCGCCCCGCGCCCGCCGCGCCCAGACCGCGCUCGCCCGCCGAGGCCGAGGCCCGCGGCCCCGAGGGGCUGCUGCGGCGAUCGGGCUCGGGCUACGAGGGCAGCACCAGCUGGAAGGCAGCCUUGGAGGAUACCACCACACGGCUCCUGCUGGGCGCGAUCGCGGUCCUCCUGUUUGCCAUCCUGGUGGUGAUGAGCAUCUUGGCCUCCAAGGGCUGUAUCAAGUGUGAGGCGCCCUGCCCGGAGGACUGGCUGCUCUACGGGAGGAAGUGCUACUUCUUUUCUGAGGAACCAAGAGACUGGAACACGGGCAGACAGUACUGCCACACCCACGAGGCUGCGCUGGCUGUGAUCCAGAGCCAGAAAGAGCUGGAAUUUAUGUUCAAGUUCACAAGGAGAGAGCCUUGGAUUGGCCUGCGCAGAGUUGGGGACGAAUUCCACUGGGUCAAUGGGGACCCCUUUGAUCCACACACAUUCGCCAUCUCGGGCCCAGGUGAGUGUGUCUUCGUGGAGCCCACCCGGCUGAUGUCCACAGAGUGUCUGAUGACCCGGCCCUGGGUGUGCAGCAAGAUGGCCUACACGUGACAGGGACAGGCCAGAGGCGGACGGAGGCGUCUGUUCUGAGCCCAGCCUCCAGUGGGGGUCACCUGCCCUCUGCAGGGGGAAGAGCUGGGAAGGACCUGUCCCUGUCCUGGCCCCUCUCAGGCUCUAGAGCUCCUGAAUCCCUGGUUCCUGGUCUCCUCUGUCCCCAGGCAGGUCCUGUGGCUCAGCAGUUGAAUCCCAUAUGCUAAGCAGCGUGGCCAUCUUCCUCCAUUACACAGGCGCGCACACACGCAUGCGCACACACACACGCGUGCACGCACACACACACACACACACAAACACACGCACAGGCCCUUCCCAGCAGUGUCCCUCAGCAGCGCUCCAGCCCCUCCCCAGCCCCGCUGGAACCUUCCCUCCUUGCUGUGGCCCUAGUGCCAGGGGGAAGGCUGGUGGCUGCCGGGUGUCUGUCACCACCUGUCAUCAGUCAGGGGCUCCACGGGCCCACCCCCCUCCAGAUUGCUGGGGUGGCAGAUGGGCAGGUGUCCCCUCACCUUGGCCAGCCAUGCUCAAGGCCUGCAGGCCCCACACCCACCCUUUUUGCCUUGCUGGGGUCCCCAGGCAGGGCCCCCCGCUGGGUCCGUGGUGCUGCUGUAUUGGUCACUAACGGAAUAAAGAGAUGACUGGCAUCAGA